AUGAAAAUGAGACUAUUGUGCUCAAUUCGCUUCCAAGCCAUCCUUCUCUUGUUCUAUGUAAAAUCAACUCUUCCUGUUUUAUCUAGCAAUACCGGCACCUCUAGUUAUUUUGGUGGGAAUGAGACGGAUUAUCAGGCUUUGCUGGCCUUCAAGACAAAGAUAACACAAGACCCUGGAAACCUUUUGAGCUCGUGGAAUGAUUCCCUCCAUUUCUGCCAGUGGCAAGGUGUAAGAUGCGGCCGCAAGCAUAGAAGAGUCACUGUAUUAAACCUUACGUCCAGAGGUUUGGUGGGUUCCUUGUCUCCAUACAUAGGCAACCUCAGCUUCAUGAGGGUAAUCGAUCUCUCGAACAACAUCAUUGUAGGCAAGAUUCAUAAUGAAGUUGGUCGUCUGUUCAGGUUGCAAGUAUUGAGACUGUCUAACAACUUCUUCCAAGGAAAAAUUCCUGCAAACCUUUCCCAUUGCUCCAACCUCAAGUACCUUAAGGUCGGUAAUAAUAAUCUUUCAGGGUCAAUCCCAAUGGAGUUCGCUUCUUUGACAAAGCUGGUGACAUUCUCUGCUCACGUAAACAAUCUCAUGGGAGGAGUCCCACUUUUCAUUGGAAACCUUAGCUCUCUCCAAUCUUUAUCUGUAGCCCAUAAUGUCUUGGGAGGACAGAUUCCAAGUGCCUUAGGUCAACUAAGAAGCUUAGAAUAUCUUGGACUGAGUGAAAAUAAACUCUCUGGUUUGAUUCCUCCGUCUUUAUAUAAUCUUUCAUCUAUAAUUGUUUUCUCAUUGGCUGCAAAUGAGCUUAGUGGAAGUCUUCCCACAGACUUAUUCCUCACCCUUCCCCAUCUCCAAUUGCUUCAAAUUCCUAGAAACCAAUUUACCGGAUCUCUUCCAGCCUCAUUAUCUAAUGCUUCAAAGCUACAGGACUUGGAAGUUCAAGUGAACAAUUUUACGGGACAAGUUUCAAUCAAUUUUGGAGGCUUACAGCAUUUGGAAGGGAUAUUAAUUAAUGGAAAUAAUUUAGGAAGCGGAGAUGCUGAUGAAUUGGAUUUCAUUAAAUCUCUAGUCAAUUGUAGCCGAUUGCAGAAAAUGAGCCUCAUGGGCAAUCAAUUCAAAGGUAUGUUGCCAAAUGUUUUGGGAAAUCUUUCAACCCAACUUAAAUUUUUUGAUAUCAGUAACAAUCUAUUUUUUGGGGAAAUCCCUUCAGGGUUAGGUAAUUUGAUUAGCAUGCUCCUCUUAGUGAUGCAUGGUAACAAAUUCACAGGGACAAUCCCAAGUGAUAUUGGUAAUCUCCAAAAGUUACAACGAUUAUUUUUAAAUAACAACAAACUUUCAGGAAGGUUACCAAUUACCCUAGGAAACCUGUCUUCAGUGAGUGUCAUGCUUUUUGAAAAUAACAAAUUGCAUGGAACUAUCCCAUCAAGUCUAGGAAAGUGCAAAAAUCUGAAUUUGUUAGAUCUAUCUCAAAACAAUUUUAGUGGCCCCAUUCCAAAACAACUCUUAGCAAUUUCCUCCUUGUCAAUUUCACUUAAUUUAGCUCGAAACUUUUUAAUUGGAUCAUUACCAUCAGAGGUUGGCAAUCUUGUCCAUUUAGCAAAAUUGGACAUAUCUGAGAAUAAGUUGUCUGGUGAAAUUCCAAGCAGCCUUAGCUCCUGCACCAGCCUUGAGUACCUUUACAUGGAAGGUAAUUUCUUUCAAGGAGUAAUUCCAACAUCUUUGAGUACUUCAAGAGGUAUCCAAGUUAUGGAUCUUUCUCGAAACAAGUUGUCGGGUCAAAUUCCAAAUUUCUUGGAUACACUUUCCUUGAAGAAUUUGAAUUUAUCCUUCAAUGAUUUUGAGGGAGAGGUUCCAACAAAAGGAGUUUUUGCAAAUGCUAGUGCGCUAUCAAUUGUAGGAAAUAAAAGGCUUUGUGGGGGCAUAUCUAAAUUAAAGUUGCCUAGUUUUGGCUCAGUGUAUAAAGGCAUCCUUGGUGAGGAGGGUUCAAUUGUUGCAGUCAAGGUAUUAAAUAUUCAACGUAGAGGAGCUUCUAGGAGCUUCUUCUCAGAGUGUGAAACCUUGAAAAAUAUUCGUCAUCGAAAUCUUGUGAAGAUCAUAACGUCUUGCUCAAGUGUGGAUUUUCAUGGUAAUGAUUUCAAGGCUCUAGUUUUUGAGUUCAUGCCCAAUGGAAAUCUAGAAAAUUGGUUACAUGAUGUAGAAACAGAUUUCAGGCAAGUAGAGAUACAAAAUUUGAACCUUCUUCAAAGAAUAAACAUUGCCAUUGAUGUUGCAUGUGCACUCGAUUAUCUACAUCACCAUUGCCCAAUGCCAGUUGUUCACUGUGAUUUAAAGCCAAGCAACAUUCUUUUUGACUAUGAUAUGAUUGCUCAUGUUGGAGAUUUCGGACUUGCAAAAUUUCUUUUAGAACAAACAAAUUCGAAGCAAAGUAGCUCAAUUGGAAUAAGAGGAACAAUUGGGUACACUCCUCCAGAGUAUGGUCUAGGAAGUGAAGUGUCAACCAAAGGAGAUGUCUACAGUUAUGGUAUCUUAUUGUUGGAGAUAAUAACAGGAAAGAGACCUACAGAUGGUAUGUUUGAUGGAGGCUUGAAUCUUCACAACUACACUAGCAUAGCCUGGCCUAAUCGUGUAUUGGAGAUUGCAGAUCCAAAACUUUUAAACCAUAAUGAUGAAGUAAUUGGCAAUCACAAUUGUACCCCAACAAAUAGAACGAAUGAGUGUUUGAUAUCUAUGGUGAAGCUUGGCCUGGCAUGCUCUAAGGAGUUGCCUCAGGAACGAUGGGACAUUAGCAAGGCCAUCUCUGAGUUGCAAUUGGUCAGGGACAUUCUUCUUGGCACUAGGAUAUAA